AUGGGCCAAGUCGACACCUUCUUCGACCUCAUCAAGGGCCGCCGCUCCAUUUACACCCUCUCCAAGGAGUCGACCAUCCCGGACUCUAGGAUCGAAGAGAUUGUCAAGUUCGCCGUCACGUGGGCGCCCUCCACGUACAACGUGCAGUCGGCCCGUGCAGUGGUCCUGUUCAAGGAGAACCACACCAAGUUGUGGGAGAUUGUCCAGAAGCACAUUGACCAGGUGCCCCUGGACGAGGGAACGCGCGGGUACUUGAACAGCCGCAUUGCGGGAUGGAAAGGCAGUUACGGGACAGUCAUGUGGUUUGAGGACCAGACGGCGUUGGACGGGUUGGGCGAGAAGAACCCCAUGGUCAAGCCCAUGCUGACAGAAUGGUCUGAUCAUUCCACCGGUAUCCAUCAGUUCAUCGUCUGGACCGCCCUCGAAGCUGAGGGCUUGGGUGCCAACCUCCAACAUUUCAACUUCCACCCAGGCAUCACCGCGGAAGUCAAGUCAACCUUUGACAUCCCUGAGGCGUGGAAACUCAAGGCCCAAUUGGUGUUCGGCAAGCCCACGGGUGGACCGCAGGAGAAGACAUUUGAGCCGAUUGAGAAGCGAGUCAUCGUGAAGUCGUAG